ACAAACAAAUAUUCAAAAAGAGUCAAAACAAAACCCCUCCCCAAAUUUCUCUCGUUCGCUUUCGGCUUCGCAACUGGUUUUCGCCCAGCGUAUGAACUAAUGGAUGCAAUACGUAAACAAGCUUCGAAGCUCAGAGAACAGGUCGCUAGACAGCAACAGGCUGUCCUCAAACAAUUUGCUGGUGGACUUGGAGGCUCUGAAGAUAUUGUAGCCAAUGAAGUAGAACUUCAACAACAACAAAAGCUUGAAAAGCUUUACAUAUCAACCCGAUCUGCUAAGCAUUUUCAACGCGAUAUUGUCCGUGGUGUCGAGGGUUUUAUUGUAACUGGAACCAAGCAAGUAGAAAUUGGUACCAAACUCUCUGAAGACAGCAGGAAAUAUGGUGCUGAGAACACUUGCACUAGUGGUAGUUCAUUAUCCAAAGCAGCAAUGAGUUAUAGUAGUGCUCGAAUGGAUAUCGAAAGGGAACGUGAAAUUCUCUUGAAAGCCCUUGGCACACAGGUUGCAGAGCCUUUGAGAGGUAUGGUAGUGGGAGCUCCUUUGGAGGAUGCAAGACGUCAUGCACAAAGAUACGAUAGAGUCAGACAAGAAGCUGAAGCUCAGGUGAUUGAAGUUGCAAGAAGGCAGGCAAAAGUGAGGGAAUCUAGUGGGAAUGUUGAUAAUUUGUCAAAAUUUGAAGCAGCUCAAGCUAGGCUUCAGGAGCUGAAGUCAAACAUGACUGUAUUGGGUAAAGAAGCUGUUGCUACCAUGUCAGCUGUUGAAGCUCAACAACAGAGAUUAACACUUCAACGACUUAUAUCCAUGGUUGAGGCUGAAAAACAUCAUCAUCAGAAAGUUCUAAACAUACUUGAUCGGCUUGAAGGGGAGAUGUUGCAAGAGCGUCAAAGAAUAGAUGCAUCUCCUAUUCCAAUGGCAGCAGCAGUUUCUUCUUCUCCAGCUCAUGAUGAAAUUGAAAUCAAUGGUGUAUCUGCUUCUCAGAGAAAUGAUAAUAACUGUGAAGAUAAUUUGGACUACUUUUUAGGAGAGGUUAUACAUCCAUAUCAAGCUGAGUCAGAUGCUGAGUUGAGUUUAACAGUUGGGGACUACGUUGUUGUUCGAAAGGUGUCAAGCAAUGGUUGGGCGGAAGGAGAAUGUCAAGGGAAGGCAGGUUGGUUUCCGUUGGAGUAUGUAGAACGCCGAGAUCGGAUUCUUGGUAGCAAGUAAGGUGGCUCAAGUUUUAGUAAUUAGCAUUUAGCAAGAUUUAUGAACAUUUAUAUUUUGUGCUUCUUCUUCUUCUUUUGUCACUUUAGUUAGUGGUUUUAGAUUCCAUGUGUUGUCUUUACUCUUUAGAAUGGAAUUAUUAGCUUAUUUGUCAUGGGAGUAACUACUAUCUAUACUAUAGGAGAUAACUUUAUUGGAGUUAAAAUUGCUAAAUGGGGGGCAUUUUAGUAUCCCCAGGACCCAACCCAAGUGGAUGCCAGUUGGUAGUGCUAAAAUGUGUGUUUGGGGUAA